GCGGGGCGGGCUGGAUGAGCUUGCUCAGUGUGGGAGAGUGCCCUGUCUGACUGGUCCUGGGUCCCUGGUGUGCUAAGCGACACCCGCGUGCCAGAGGAGGCCAGCGGGCACUGAGACAACCAUGGGGCUGCUGAGUGGGGUUGCGCUGGGGCCCCUGGCCGUGGCCGUGGCCAUCUUCCUGCUCCUGGUGGACCUGAUGCACAGACGAAGAUGCUGGGCUGCACGCUACCCACCAGGCCCCGUGCCACUGCCCCUGCUGGGCAACCUGCUGCAGAUGGACUUCCAGAACACGCUCUGCUACUUCGACCAGCUGCGGCAGCGCUUCGGGAACGUGUUCACCCUGCACCUGGCCUGGACGCCCAUAGUCGUGCUCAAUGGCCUGGACGCCGUGCGCGAGGCCCUGGUGUACCACAGCGAGGACACAGCCGACCGUCCGCCAAUGCCCAUCUAUGAGCAUCUGGGGUUCAAGCCGUACUCCCAAGGGGUGAUCAUGGCGCGCUACGGGCGCGAGUGGCGGGAGCAGCGGCGCUUCUCCUUGUCGGCCCUGCGCAACUUCGGCCUGGGCAAGAAGUCGCUGGAGCAGUGGGUGGCCGAGGAGGCCUCGCGCCUCUGUGACGCCUUCGCCGACUACGCCGGACGCCCCUUCAGCCCCCGCGCCCUCCUGGAUAAAGCGGUGAGCAACGUGAUCUCCUCCCUCACCUACGGGCGCCGCUUCGAGUACGACGACCCGCAGCUCCUCAAGUUGCUGGACCGGCUGCACGCGGGCGUGGAGGAGGACCAGGGCCUCCUGCGUGAGAUCCUGAACUCCAUCCCCGUGCUCCUGCACAUCCCCGGGCUGGCUGGCAAGCUCUUCUCAGCACAGAAGGCCUUCAUGACCCUGAUAGAUGAGCUAGUCCAGGAACACAGGACAAGCCGGGACCCGACCCAGCCACCCCGAGACCUGACUGAUGCCUUCCUGGAUGAGGUGGAAAAGGCCAAGGGGAACCCCAAGAGCAGCUUCAAUGACGAGAACCUGAGCAUGGUGACAUCCGACCUGUUUGCUGCCGGGAUGGUGUCCACCUCCACCACGCUGGCCUGGGCCCUGCUGCUCAUGAUCCUGCACCCGGACGUGCAGCGACGUGUCCAACAGGAGAUAGAUGAGGUGAUAGGGCAGGCGCGGCAACCGGAGAUGGGGGACCAGGCCCACAUGCCCUUCACCAUGGCCGUGGUCCAUGAGGUGCAGCGUUAUGGAGACAUCGUGCCACUGGGUGUGCCCCACAUGACGACCCGAGACAUCGAAGUGCAGGGCUUCCUCAUCCCCAAGGGGACAAGGCUUAUCACCAACCUGUCGUCGGUGCUGAAGGACAAGGAGGCCUGGAAGAAGCCCUUCCGGUUCGACCCCGAGCACUUCCUGGGCGCCGAGGGCCGAUUCGUCAAGCAGGAGGCCUUCAUGCCCUUCUCCGCAGCGCUUCGUCUUCUCGGUGCCCCCCGGGCAGCCCCGGCCCAGCGACCACGGCACCUUCUCCUUCCUGGUGACCCCCGCCCCCUACCAGCUCUGCGCCGUGCCUCGCUAGAGGGAGGAAGCUCCCCCACUGGCUCCUCAGCAGGGCCCUGCUGUGCCAAUAAACCGGUUGGGUGGCUCCAUCCCGGCUUCCAAGUCCCCUCCAGGGACCCCCUGACCGCCCCAGCUCCCCCCAGCCGUGAUGGGGCCUCAGCAGCCUCCCCAGGGCCACCCCCUGCCCCUGCCCCGGCCUGAGCCAUCUUGGCCUGAGCCAUCCUGACCUUGCACGUGAUCCCAAUUGAGAGAUGGGGAUGCUGAGGGCCGGUAGAUCACAGCUUACCCCUAGUUACCCACGGGGGCCCAAUCCUGGCAACUUGGGAUAG